CACUCAGGUCUCAGCCCCUCCAUCCUGACUGACCACUCUGAUCUGCAGCACUAGCUCUGUAAGCAGAAUGGCUUGGCUCGUUUGGAUGCUCUUUGGCAUCCAGGUGCUUUGCUCCUGCAUUGCUGCCCCUCCGGCCCAAGGAGCAGGGGCUGCCCUGCUCUCCCCCCGCUGUGAUGAUGCUGCAGUGGAGGAGGCUGCAGACCUGGCUCUCCGCCAGAUCAAUGCUGACCGAGAAGAGGGCUACAUACUCAGCCUCUACAGAAUUGUCAGCGUCCGAGAACAGCCGCAGGACACCACUGGUUCUGUCUACUAUCUUAUCUUGGAUGUAGUAGAUACUGAAUGCCAUGUACUCAGCAAAAAGUUGUGGAAGGACUGUGACACCAGAUCUGCUCAUUCAACUGUUUACGGUCAAUGCAAAGCAAUUAUUUAUAUUAAUCAGGCAAGAAAUAUUGCUCAUCUGAAUACUUAUGAGUGCACUUUACAACCAGUUCUACCCAGAUAUAUUUCGUCAGUAUGUCCCGACUGCCCACUUGAUGAUUCUCCAACUAAACCUCAGUACUUGGAUGCUGCUGUUCAAUGCCUUGACAAGUUCAAUAGACAGAGUGAACAAGCUCAUUACUUCUCUGUCCUCAAUGUCACAAGAGCUUCAAUGCAGUGGAUCAUUGGUCCUGCAUAUUUUGUGGAGUUUUUAAUUCAGGAGACCUCUUGCUCCAAAGAUAUCAAGGUUGCUGACAUCUCGAUGUGUGAACCACUUCCACGAGAAGUAGCUAAAAUCGGUUUCUGCAAAGGCUCUGUAGUAAACAGUCGUGUGAAUCCAUCUGUCACAGUAUCCUGUGAAAUCUACAGUCAGCAGGAUCCUGCCACUGAAGAGGAAAACCAGGAAGCUGAUCAGACACCUGGAAAAUCCAGGCAGGAUCAACAGGCUUCAGAUGCCAAUCUUUUCUCCCCACCCCUGGAAAAAACAGUGGGCUGGGUUAAAAUUCUACCUCCUUCAGAUGAGGACAUCACUUUCUAUAGCCUACAAGAAAGUCAAAAUGAACAUAAAGACAGAAAGCCAGCUCUUCCUAAGGAUGCAGGAUCUGCCCACAGCCUUGAUGAAGAAAAGGCUCAAGUAAACAAACCGGACUUGAGCAAACCAGUCACUAGACCAGUUAUUCUCCCUUUUCCUGAAGAACCUUCUCUAUCAGAUUCAUGUCCAGGAGAAGCAAAGCAGGCAGAAGGCAUCCUCCAUCCUUUGAUAACUAGAAGGCCUCCCAGAGUCUAGCCAGCACCCAAGUAGCUCAGUGAUCUGCAACAAAAUAACAGCCCAAAUGGCAACAUAGUUCUCAAUUUGUGUAACACCUUCAAAUAAAUCAAGUGUCUUAUAAUUGUCAAUAAAUUAAUUACAGUCCUCA